AUGAACUCCCAACUCAACAACUCAAACGAAAACCAGGACCUGGUGUUUCAGGAAACGGACACCUUCAGACCGGUCUUCUUUGACUCGGGCGCUAAGCGCAACUCUUCGGCUCUGCUGAAGGACUCCUCCAAAAGAGCAAGGCUAGACGCCUCCGUGAUUGCCCCCAAGGAUAGACAGGACCACGAAGUUGUUACCGCAGAUGUCGACGACGACGAUGUCAUGGACAGGAACCCACUGCUGCCGCUGGCCAACGCGUCCCCGGGCAAACCUGCCAACCCGGCGCCUGCCCUCAUCAAUCAGCAUAGACAGAUUCACCACCGCCACCUUCUUCUCCAGCACCACCUAAUUUCCCAGCCUCUGCUGCCUACGCCUGACCUGCUGCUGGCUUCUGCUCUGACUGGCGUUGGUGUUGGUGUUGGUGUCGAUGUCGAUGUCGAUGUCGAUAUGGACGAGCCUGCCGGAAAUGGACCUGGGCAUGAUAGAUCUAGACAGACCCCUUCGAGCUCCAAGACUACAGGCGCCAGCAAAACGAAUGGCACUUCUUCAGCAGCAGCGGCGGCGGCGGUUGCUCACAUGUCGACUCCUCAGCCCCACAAGCUGCUGGUUGCUUCCAAAUUGCCCUCGUCACUGAAUAAGACUUCGCAAGUGUCCACCAGAUCCAAUACCCACAAAAACUCCAUCUCGAAAAAGUCUACGAGGGCUUUGCCGGUGGCCACAGGCUCUUCUUCCACCACGCUGAAGGCCCCCAAGUUUGUCAGAAGGUUCCGCUCCCGCUCCCUUCCUAUCAUCAACUACACUUCGCGCUCCCAGUUGUUCCAACAUCACAUGUUCCAGCAGCGUGUGCCACACCAGCAGUUAAUGCUCUUGAACGCCACCAACCUGCAAGCUCCCAACUUUUCUGCCUCCUCGUCCACUAAUCCGUCGUCGGCUCAGAGUCUGUCGUUUUUUCUGCAACCUUCUCAGUCCUCCUCCUCCUCCUCCUCCUCGGCGCUGCAUUACCACCACCAUCACCACCACCACCACCACCACCACCAUCAUUCCCCCGCCACUCCUUCGCUCCCUCCCAUUAAUUUACAGUCUUUGAAGGAGAUCGACUUGCAUGAGAUUUUGAAGAACCCCCAGUUGAGACACGACAUCCUCUUUGACCCCCAGUUGCAGUUUCGCCCCAACUUAGAUGGUGAGCGCGGUAGACGGAAGAAGACCAUAAUAGAGAAUUACUGGUCUGAGAUCGAGGCUGAGUGUAGGCAAUUCUUUGAUGGCCCCGUGAAGCCCAACACUGUGAAGCUUCCUCGCUUGCCCGUCUUAUUCACCACUUUGAGAGAUAUCUUGUUGUCACUUUUGCCAGUGAAAGAUCGUGCCCCCGUGAAUGAGAUUAUGGAUAUCGACUUGCUUGUGCAGCAGUUGUCUCAUGGCUCAUUUGACUUUGUUGCUAUGGCAAAGUGGCUCGGGGAAGUGUUCAAGUCGCAUUGUGCCCCAAUGAGAGACCAGUGGGUUUCUUACAUGAUCAGCAAGUUCCAGCAAUCUUACGAGGAGAACUCUGUGGAGAAGCUUGUUCAAGGUUUACGAACGAUAUUCUUCAUUUUAGAGGCUAUGAAGUUGGAUGUUGCUAAUCAUCAGAUCAGAAUCUUAAGACCAGUGUUGAUUGAAACUGCCAAUGAGUUCGAAAAGGACUAUUUUGACCAAUUGAUCACCCACUGUAAGAUCGAUAUCACCGACUCCUUAAAGUGGUACUACCGCAACUAUCACAAGAAGGCCGAUCUCGGCAAGGUUUUGAACAAGGAGAACAUGCUGGAUGCUGACACUAACAAAGCCAUCAUGGUUUCCGCCAUUAUCGACUUGCUCUCGUGCCGUAACAUGGCUACUGAGUUCCCACUGACUUUGGCAUUUGAUCACACGAGGUUGGUUUUGUUGAGAGCUGAUGUCAGACAGCAAGUUUGCGUUCAGUUGUGCGUUGUGCUUUUCAAGCAGCUUCUUCAUAACUACAAGCCCGCAGCUUCCUACAGAUCGAUCAGCUCAAAGCCUGAAUACAUUACCAAGGUUCAGGAAGAAGUAUUGGCUAUUGUUACAGAUGACAAUGGCAGUGUCAAGUGGACUAGAAACGUCCAGGCUAUCGCAUUGCAACUAGUUAAGAAUGUUGUCACUGAUCCUUCUACGGGCACCAAGGUGACAAAUAACUUGCCUCAGUCGAUGGUCGACUUCGGGUACAACUGGUUGAUCAAGCAGAUUCAGCCCAACUCCGAUGUUUAUGGCUUGAUGGAAGACAGAAUCUUCAAAGAGCUUCUCACUGAAAUAGUGGUGAACCUCAACUUCGACACUUCUAUCACUGCAACCACCUUGAGCAACGACCUCAAGCUGAGCUCUUCAGGCAAGAUCAAGAAGUCUGACCUGGAGAUGGGAAGCAUUGCAUCAAGAAUCUCGACUUUGGUCAAAUUUCACUGGAGCGUGUUUGGUGACUACUACACGAACUACGUGAAAAAGGGCAAGAUCAGUCUGUGA